UUAUACAUCUAUAUCUAUAUCUAUCUAAUUCUAUUUAGAUAUAUCGACUCAACCUGUCCUUCCACGUUCUCUCUGCAAGCAACCAAUUUCGUGUACUUCCAGUAAACACAUUCCAUAUUUCCACCGUUCACCGUCCACCGCCGUAAUCUUCGGAAUCACCACCGUCAUGUCUCUAUCAAAACGAGUAUCCUUACCACCACAACCACCGCCUUCAUCCCAACAACAAGAUCUCAAAACCAGAGUAAUCACCUGUUUAAACAAACUCUCCGACCGCGACACAUUAUCCGUCGCGACAACCGAGCUCGAGUCCAUCGCUCGCAGCCUCACCGACGAAACAUUCGCCCCGUUUUUAUCGUACAUCUCUUCAACUUCCUCGUCCGACAAAUCUUCUGUCCGAAGACAAUGUAUAAAAAUUUUAAGUUUUAUAUCUGUAUCUCAUGGUGACGCAUUGUCACCACACGUAUCGAAAAUGCUCGCAGCCGUAAUAAAACGGCUGCGAGACCACGAUACGUCGGUACGUACGGCAUGUGUACAUGCGGUGACGUCAAUAUCAUCAGAGAUUACGUCACAUCCGUUUAGUUCAUUGUCAAAACCGUUAAUUGAAGCUGUUAUGUCUGAACAAGAUCAUAACGCUCAGAUGGGUUCAGCGUUAUGUUUAUCUGCUGCAAUUGAUGCGUCACGUGAUCCUGAACACGUGGAGUUGAAAAAAAUGCUGCCGAAGUUUUUGAAACUGGUGAAAUCUGAUGGGUUUAAAGCGAAAUCGGCGUUGUUGAAUGUUGUUGGAAGUAUAGUUGGGUCGGGGUCGGGUUCGGGUUUGGGUAAGAAUUGUUUGAGUUUGGUUGUUGUUUGUUUGGUUGAGUUUUUGAGUAGUGAGGAUUGGGCUGUUAGGAAAGCUGCGGUUGAGGCAUUGGGUCGAUUGGCCGAGUCCGAAAAACGGACUUUGAUCGAUUUUAAGGAUUCUUGUGUUUCUUCGUUAGAAAAUAAAAGAUUCGACAAGGUGAAGGUAGUUCGCGAAUCAAUGAAUCAGACAUUACAAUUGUGGAAGGAGAUUCCAGGACAUGAAGAUCAAGUACCAAUUUCACCUCAAUUGACUGGCAAUUCAUCUUCUACAGUACAUAAAACUGUUCUGGAGACUCCGUCAAAGGAAACAUAUCCAAGUAGAAAGCAUUCUUCAAUUCGACGUUCGUCUCCAACUGCGACACCAAGUAGAAGCCCUCCAAAGAGUAACUACAGGAAACAGAAUGGUUCAAUGUCUAGAAAGACGGAUUUUGAGAAAGAACUGGAUUUAAAAGUUAAAGUUUCGGUACCCAAGCCUGAAUCUGCAGAAAAAACCAUGAGUGAAAAAACGGUGGUUCCUGAUACAGUGGAUACUGUCAAAAGUAUCAUUUUAGAAACGGAAAAAAGAGUCAUUUCUAAUAGAACAAGAUUUGGUUCUCGUGUGGUUCCACUAAUUGAUGACUCUGAGAUGGACAUAGACAUAGAUGGACAUGAAGUAGCAUAUUCUUAUGGAAACCAGAAAGAGGUUGAGGAUAUGUCUCGGAUACAAAAACAGCUUGUUCAGAUUGAAAAGCAGCAGUCAAAUCUCUUGAAUAUGUUACAGAAAUUCAUUGGAAGUUCUCGUAGUGGAAUGAAUUCUUUGGAGACACGAGUAAACGGGCUAGAGAAGACAUUGGAUGAAAUAUCAUAUGAUUUGGCAGUAUCAAAUGGAAGAGUUUCAAGUGCUGAUUCUUGUUGCAUGAGUACUGAAUUUCUGAGUCCUAAAUAUUGGUGGAAGGCAGAGGGGUCAUAUCAUAGUCCAAAGUCACCUUUCCGUGGGAGUCACCAAUCACCAUCUGAUAGAUUUUUACCAAAUAAAGACUUUAAUCCCGAUUUUACUAAGCUGGGAAGCCCUAGAGGAGGAAUUUCUCCAAACACACCAGAAUGUGGAUUUGGAAGUCCAGGGAGAAGUUUAGAGUCGUUAAUGAACGUUCGAAAAAAGAAAGUUGCACAAGGACAUAACCGUCACUUUGACAGAUCUGAUGGCGGCUCUUAGGUCAGUUCCGUACGACAGUGCAACAUAAUAUCAGAUCUGUUUAAAGCUGCUAGAAGAUUAUUUUUUCAUCGGUCAAGCGUAUCAGCACUUCACAAGAUCACGCAUGUUAUAUACUAGAAUCCGUCACAGCAUGGUCACUGAGAUAGAUUAUGUACAGAAAAGCCCCUUUUUUCCAUACACACAACUUUUGUCUAUUGUGUACAUGAUUUAGGUGUUCACAAAGUUACGUUUAUACUAUUGUUUAUGGGGUUCUGCUUCCAUUGCCAUUGCGAAAAUGUGUCGAUGAGAAGUGAAACUCUACCCCAUUGUUACGUUUGUUGCACUUUUUCAAAUGCUUAUCUAGUCAGAUAAGUUACAUGAAUCAAAUUCGAUUGAUUUCUACAA